AUGCUCACUAGGAGACGGCAUAGUUCUGGACCCAACCAAAACCAGAACCAGAAACACGAAUUUCUCCAAACUAGCAACAGUAAUGUUUCUGCUAAGGAAUCAAGGUUGAGGUCUGCAUCGCUAUCGUUUAUACAUGGCACUAAUAAUUGUAACAACAACAACAACAUAAGUACGACUGGUCAAAAGGACUCACCAUCCUAUCAUAUCAUGAGCCCGAGCCGAUCUAGAUCUAGAUCAGGAUCACAAUCUGCAACGAAUCACACAAGAACAUUAUCGCCUACAAGUUUGUUCAAAUCUAAAACAAAAGAUUCAGAAAAAAGGGAAACACACCUGAUUUUACCAAAGAAGUUGCUCCGUGAACUACAAAAUUUGGGUUUGCAGAAUCCUAUCCCUUUGAAAACUGCAGUUCAGGGCUCAGUUUCGAAAACGUUCAAGGUUUAUGUUUCAAACUCUAACGAUUGUAUCUACUUGCCCCCUGCGUCAUCGGCAAGUUUUACUUAUGAAGAUGUUGAGAAUGGCGGUUCAAUACCACAAGCAGAAAUAGAUUUAAGCUCAUUUGACCAGAAUACUACAUCCAAUAGCCGAAGGUCUUCAUUCAACUCUCUUGUUCGCGAAACAGCACCAUCAACAAUCACUACAGAAGAAGCGAAUCAUGACCAGCUGAACUAUCACAACACUUUGUAUCAACGAAUGAAGACUUUUCAAACGCCAAACUAUCUUUGUACCAAAAUCGACUCUGAACUACCGAUACCUCAUACAUUUGCAGUUAUUAUUGAACUAACUAAGGACCAAACAACCGUUAGAGACUUGGUAAUCAAGUUUCAGUCGUUGACACAGGUACAGUGGCCUACGGGUGACCCAUAUAAUCGAUCUCAUAUUAAAGAAAAAUUCAAAAUUGGAAACUUGGAAUGGGCCACAACUCUAGCUAAAGCUGAUUACUACAUCAAAAAUUCCAACUCAAACGAGUUGAGACUGAACAAUUUGAAACCAGAGGAUUUAGCAACACGUACCAGAGAGUAUAAAUUAGUUGACAUAAAAGAUUCUAAACCAACAACAAAGGGAAAUGUUUCUGAAGAAGAACAGACUGAAGGUGCUUGUUUGCCAAUGACAAAUAACACAACAACAACAACAACAACUUCCUUUUCUUCUUCUCCGAGCACCGAGACUUAUAAAGCAGGACUUUAUGUCUUUUUGUUACCAAUACUUUUACCAGAACAUAUUCCUGCUUCAAUAGUUUCCAUAAAUGGUUCUUUGAGUCACACUCUACUGGUGAACUUUAACAAGAUUAGCGACAAACUAAGUCGAAAACUAAAAGUCGAUGCAUCCUACAAUCUUCCCAUGGUAAGAACGCCGCCUAAUUUUGCAAAUUCGAUUGCAAACAAACCUAUAUAUGUGAAUCGUGUUUGGAAUGACGCCGUGCACUAUAUGAUUACCUUCCCGAGAAAAUACGUUUCUUUGGGGUUGGAACAUGUUAUCAACGUGAAGCUUGUGCCACUCGUUAAGGAUGUGAUUGUUAAACGAAUCAAAUUCAAUGUUUUGGAAAGAAUCACUUAUGUUUCCAAGAAUUUAGCAAAGGAAUAUGACUAUGAUAGCGAGGAUCCAUAUAACUUACACACAGGGAAAGAGAACAAAGUGAGAGAAAGAGUGGUUGCACUAUAUGAAUUAAAAACAAAAAGUAAACAAUCAUCUAAUACACUUGCGGAUCCCUAUAAAGAAGAAGUUAUCAAAUGUUCUGAGAAUAAUUUGUUAUUUUCAUGUUACGAAGCUGAGGCAGAAGUGGAUAAUCCUAGUAAAGUGCCUCGUAAGAAACUUGGCAAAGAAGAGAAAAAGACCAUGAUUGCAUCACCUUUGGAUAUUAAUAUUGCGUUACCGUUUUUGACUACGAAAAAUGAUAAGAUGUUGAUGACCUCUUCAAACACUGAAGAUGAAGAUACUGCUUCUAUUAAUAGGUCUGUUUCUAGGAAAGCUUCAAUUGUUUGUGAUUCAGCUCCAAAUGCUCUUCAUAUGAACCCAAUUUCUCCGGUUAUUGGAGCACUUGAAACAAACUUGGCGAAUGUUGAUGAGAUUGGCCUUCAUGAGUCAAUGAAGCCGAAUUCCUCAUCUUUUCUUUCAGAUGAUUUAUCAAUGAAACAUCAUCCUCCCGAAAAUAUCAAGCAUGGAUACACUUUGACAUCAAGAGCUCUAUAUCCCGAUUCCAAUUAUCGCCAUAUUCAAAUUAAUCAUCGAUUACAAGUUUGCUUUAGAAUUUCAAAACCUGAUCCAAAGGAUGAUUACAAAAUGCACCAUUAUGAAGUUGUUGUUGACACGCCAUUGAUUUUGUUGAGUUCCAAAUGCAAUGAUGGCUCUAUACAAUUACCUAAAUACAAUGAGAUCGAAACUACAACAAAUAAUGAAGGGAUUUUCAAUACACCAAACUACAACAAUAAUGGAGUUAGUAUUAGACAAUGGAGCCAAUAUACUACUGACGGAGAACAAUUACCAUCAUUUGAAGAAGCAACUUCAACGCCGUCAUCUCCAUUAACCAGGUCGUUGUCUAUCUCGGAGGAUUCUUUAAGUCGAGUUCCCUCCAUUCCCAUGAUUAUGCAUGGCGAACCAGCACCAGCUUAUCAACAAGAAUUCCCUGAGCAAGAGGGAUCACCUACACAUCAGAGAUCUACCAUUGACGAAAUUAUCAAUGUUAAUGAAGCUUCUUCUAUUCUUUUAGCACCACAAAGAAAUCAUUCAAAAAUCAAAGAUAGCCUAUCUCAUUCAUUAUUGCCCAAAGAACCGCCACCAAGUCAACCAUCUUUGUGCUUUUCAUCAUCUUCAGACGAGAGGAGUAUUCAUCUGCUUAGCUCUGCUUCGUUACCUGAAGUGAAUGAAACUCCUGCGACCUCAUCUAUUCCUGACUCCACGAGUUUUUCGAAUUCAAGCUGUGCAAUCGAAAGUAUAUCUGAUGAAGAAAUUGAGCUGCAUUCUGGAGAAGGAAAAGAAGAAGUCCAACCUCAUAGUACGGGGGAAGAAAGCCAACCCAGUAACGAUGGUUACAAUACGGAAGUUAGAUCUGGAGAUGAAGCUAACGAGUCAGCCCUAAUUAGUGAUAAUGAUGUGGGUGAUAACUCUGAAAGUGACAAAACCGAAAACAAAGCAUGUUGCAAUAAUAAAAAUUGCAACGAUGACGAUGACGAUGACGAUGACGAUGACGAUGACGAAGACGAAGACGAAUUAGGUAACCAAGUUGUUCAAGAAGUAUCUUUUGUCCAAAGACUCCCAUUAUUAAAACAUCUAAGUACCGACACGAUUCAAACACAGAGUAGCGUCAUAACUAAUGUCAAUAACAAUAAUAAUAUUAACAAGAAUAACAGUAACAUAAAUAAUUACCUAAAUUCUUCUGAUUCAUCUGAUGAUAUUUCAAUUUUCCAUGCAAUCACCAAUGCCACUAGCUUGAACAUGAAACCACAAGAUAUUAGAAAGAUGAACGCCUAA